AUGUCUGGAGACUUCAGUCAGAACUAUAAGAAACAAAAGACAAUAGAAAACGGUAGUGGGCUUGGUCCGGAAGAUAAAAAGCAAACUUCCACAAACUACCAAUUCGGUCCUUUUGCUCCAACCUUCAUAUCCAAAUCCGGAACUUCUGAGAAUACUAAAGUGAAGCAGGCGCAUGAUUGGGAGAGUCUAGCAACUAAACAUUCCCCUCAGUACCAAAAUCAAGCUUUGAAAGAACUUCACUUGCACUAUAUGGAAGCAUGGAAAUCUUGGUACUCUGAAGUUGCUAGGAAGAGGUCAACACGAGUUUUGUAA